CACAGGUGUGUUCCUUCGUGCUAGCCGUACUUUACGUCAUCAAAACACGCCACGCUGGGCAGGCAUGGAGGAGCAUUCAUGCUGAAGAGUUUGUGACCUUCUCAAGUCACUCCCUUGAAAUAACCUCGGUGGGCUGAUGAUUCUUUAAUCGCUUCAAUAAACAUUUCCAGGAUGUCAGUGAAGCAGGCGUCAGUUCAUGCGAAAUGGAUCAUCGGCAGGGUGAUUGGGACCAAGAUGCAGAAAACAGCCAAAGUGAGAGUGACGAGGCUGGUGCUGGACCCUUACCUGCUCAAGUACUACAACAAGAGGAAGACCUACUUUGCCCAUGAUGCUUUGCAGCAGUGCACGGUGGGAGACAUUGUCCUUCUGAAGGCCCUGCCUGAGGCCAGGUCCAAACAUGUGAAGCAUGAACUGGCUGAGAUAGUGCAUAAAGUUGGCCGGGUGGUUGAUCCACUCACGGGGAAGAAAGUGGCAGGGACUGAGUUUCUGGAGCCUCUGAGUGACGCUGCACACAGCCUGGGAGAGGAGCAGACAACGUUAGCAGAAAAACUCCAGGAGCUGAACAUCUCCGCUGCCGCCACUGGAACUGAGUCAAGCACUGCACAAACAUCCUGACCUCAUGUUGCAAAACUGAAUUCAGGCUUUUCUUGUAUGUAAUAUGUAAUAAUGUUUGUUUAUUAAAUGUCACUCUGCAGUUAAGCGGUUCCUGUAUCAGGUAUUAAUCUAAAUAGGAGCGUACAAAGAUAUGCACCACUGUUGGAGAUGCAUGAAAUAUUUUGGAGAUCCUAAGUAGUGUUUUUGCUAACUAACCCAGUUACUGGAAUUCACAAUAAAAUGACACUGAGAGGGG